AAAAAGCGAGAGAGAGAGAGAGAGUGAGAGGAGGAUGCUUCUCAUUCACUGUAGCUGCUGUGUUUGUUCUGUCUUUAUUAACUAACCGAGCAGUUUGGCUAUUUUUUCAAUCGGCGUUUUGGUUUCACGGAUAAAUAUUUGUCAUCCCGGUCGAGUAACUUAACACAGCUUACAUUUGUUGUUGGCUAACUUUUGAUAUCAAACGUAGCUAGCCGCAAGCUAUCACCGGUGUUUUUGAUUGAACGAACAGUGAGGCCUACCGCAUCCUCGGACUUUACUGUGAAGGCUCUACCGAAGACAGCAGCACUUACCUGCCUUGGUUUGGGAGGACAAACAUUUUGUUAUCGUGGUUUCUCAGAUUUAAAAAACGACUGUGCCGGAGAAAAGAUGGAAGCUCCACCGGUUACAGUGAUGCCUGUCACUGGAGGCACAAUCAACAUGAUGGAGUACCUGCUGCAAGGCAGUGUGUUAGACCAGUCCCUGGAGAGCCUCUUGCAUCGCCUUCGAGGUCUGUGCGACAACAUGGAACCCGAGAGCUUUAUAGAUCAUGAACUGGUUUAUCUACUGAAAGGCCAACAGGGAAAUCCUUUCAUUCUGCGUGCCCGGCGCUCCCUCUCCCACCCCACAUCUCCAUGGCACCUACGCUACCUAGGCCAACCUGAAGUAGGAGACAAGAGCCGCCAUGCCCUGGUGCGCAACUGUGUUGACGUGGCUGCCUCUCACAGCCUGCCGGAGUUCCUCAAUGAGAUGGGCUUUCGCAUGGACCAUGAGUUUGUGGCAAAUGGGCACAUAUUCCGCAAAGGCGCCAUGAAAAUUGUAGUGAGCAAGCUGUCACGCAUCCUGGUACCUGGGAACACAGACAACACAGAACGUCUGUCACUUUCAUACCUGGUGGAGCUGAGCGUGUUGGCUCCUGCAGGCCAAGACACUGUGUCGGAGGACAUGCGCAGCUUUGCCGAGCAACUCAAACCCCUGGUUCACCUGGAGAAGAUUGACCCCAGCAAACAGAGACAUUGAAUGACAGAAUUUAGAGACUCAAGUCAUGCCUGACUGCCAUGGACAAAUCACACCGCUUAUUUUUCACAGUUUUUACUUUUUUACCUCAAAUUAAACGCAGCGAUUUAACAGUCACUUCUAGUCAGUUUGUUAUGUGAACUGGAAGAUGUCUUUAUAGUAUGUUUUAAAUAUUACUGUGUUCUGUCAAUGUGCAUGGUCACAUGGUCACAAAGUUUUGAUACGGUAAACUUAUUACACUUCAUUCACUCAUCAUUCGCUAGUUAAUGCAACACAUUUUUGUUUACACUCAAUGCUUGCUCAUUUAAAGGUCCAGUGUGUAAGAUUUGGGGGCUGCAGAAUAUGACAGGAAUUGAAUAUAAUGUGCAUAGCAAUAUUUUCAUUAAA